AUCCCGUCUCCAAGUUCCUGCCAACCUAAUGGAGCCAACGAAGAAGCCCUGCGGUCUGAAAUUGAAGAGCUGAAACAGAGAGACCUUGCUCUAGACCAGGAAAUUGCACAGUUAUUGUCUGAAGGCUACAGCCUGGAGGAAUUGGAGAAGCACAUCUCUCUGCUCCAUGAGUAUAAUGAUAUCAAAGAUGCUGGACAGAUGCUGCUUGGCAAGCUGGCUGUUAUCCGAGGGGUUACUACAAAGCAGCUCUACCCUGAAUACGAUCUGGAGCUUAGUGACUAG